UAAUUAAAUUUUUAUCAUAAACAAAAUAAUGAUUUUUUUGCUAAUUUUAUAACUUUUAUAAGUAUAUUCUACAUUAUAUUAAAAUAGAAGUAAUUAAUGAAUUACAUAUUAAAAUUAUGUUUUUUUUGCAGACAUAUUCAAAUUAUGUUGAAUUGGUAAACCAAUAUAUUUUGAAAAAAAACUUUCAGUAAGAUAAAUAAAUAAAAUAUUAUUCACCGCUUAAAGUGACUAAAAUAUCAUCAUCUUUUAAAAUGACUAAUAUUCAUAAAUUAUGUAAUAAUUUUUACAAAAAAAAUAAAAUUGUUAACAUAUGUUAAAUUUUAAUAUUUAGAACUAUAUAUUAUCUUUUUAGUUAUUUUUAAAAUGAUAGCAAUAUAUUAUCAUAAAUUAUUAUAUACAAAAUAAUAUAAAAUUUUAGAUUUAUAAAUGAAAUAUUACCCGUACGGGUGUGCGGGUUAAAAUCUAGUUAUAAUAUAAAGGAGAAGUCCAAAAAAAUAAAAAAGUAAUGGGUCCAAACAAUUUUUUAAGUAGAUUUAUUAAAACUUAUUUCCAUUUAAUAGUAUUGAUGUUUAACAGUUUUGCUUUUAGGACAGCGUCAGGUUCUUCUAGCCACAAGGAGCUAAUCCGAAUAAUCCAAUAUCCAGACUACAUAAACUAAGACAAAUUAUAAAUGAUGAUCCAAUAUCCAAUACGGUUUUCUCCUCUCUUGUAGAUGGAUACAUUCUGCUUCUCACAUAGCCUCAGUGUUUCUUGUUCUUUUGCAUCUUCUCAGGUCGAGACGUUGUGGAGGUAAAAGGUCAGAUUACUUAAUUCUAGGUGUGGUGUUUUUGGUUUGGAAUUGGAGACAAUAAACUAAAGCUUAGUCUUAAUUCUUAUAAGUUCUAAGAGCAUGUUUAUCAGUUUGUCUCUUAGCUUAGGUUUCUUAAAAUUAUUUUUAUUUUUUUUGGCUGAUAAAAAAAAAUUAAAGAAAAAAAAAAAAAAGAUCAAUCGCGGACCGCCACGUGUUGUGGGGUCCGCAAAACAGUCUAAGCAACGGAACGAAAACGUCGCUUCUUUUGCAUACACAAGCAACGUCUUUUGUGUCUUCUGUGGGGCCCACAAGUUUUUAAUUAAUUUUUUGGUUAUAAAACCAAGGGUAAGCAACCCCUAUAAACAUGCUCUAAUAGAUUUAUCAUUUUCCCCCUUUUUUGAUUGUAUCAUUUGAAAUAUGUUUGAAUUUACAAGUUAAUAAGCAUUUUCUUCUAGGUCGUACAAGUUUCAACGUUUUGUUGAGAUAUGUCAUCCAUGAUGUGAUGAUUCAAAGGCAACAAAACAAAAGGCCAAGGGUAAAAGUGGAAAGUAAAAUAUAGACCAAUAGUAGUCUUUGGCGAGGACUGUUCAAAGCUCUUAACUUUCAUCAGUUUCUUUUACCUUUUUCUCUCUCUCUCUCCAUAAACUCAAAACUCAAAUUUUCUUCAGAGGAGUUGCAAAAGUCUUGACCUUUUUGUCUACUUGUUUCUUUUCUUGUUGUACUUUGCGUUUGUCUGAACAAUGGUGAGUUCCUCAACCACGAUCUCUGCUUCUUGUGCAUCAAAGGGGUCUCCAUCUCUUUCACCCCAAAAGAAGAUUACGCUUAAGGUCAAGGCCCAACAGGAUGGAGGAGAGGAUAUAUACAAGAUUGGUUAUGGUGCACAUCUGAAGAAACUAAUGGAUGCAUACUGCACCAAGAGAAACUUAGAGAGAACCACUGUCAGAUUCAUCUUUCGCUAUAAAGAGCUCAAACCGCGUCAGACUCCUGCUCAGUUGAUGAUGGAAGAAGGCGACAUCAUUGAUAUUGUUACCGACCAAGGCGGUGGUUAAUCUCCCCGGAAUCUCUUCAUAAUGAAGUAAUUUUUCAGGCGUUUAUAAAAAGGAAGACUUUUAACUUUUAGAUCUUCAUUAUCAAACUCUUGAGUUUCUGGUUUGUAGUUUUUUUUGUUGUUACAUCUUAAAGUUUGAACGUUUGGUUGACCGAUUGACUUUAGUUCUAAAGAUUAAUUAAUGUUUUUUCCUCUCUCGGUAA